CGUCAUUAGCCAUAUCUGCGGCGACUACCUUCCCGCUGGUGUUUUGUAACCCUUCCAAUUUUCAAAGCACCUUCUGAGGCCUGCGCUUUGAAGCCAUAGCUUGCUUCGAUAUGGAGACACCAGCGCCCAAAGCGAGCGGUCCCCACACUGCUGAGAGCGGUCCCUUGAGGAAUACUGGAGUUGCGGCUCCACCAAAACCUUCGUCGGCUGGAACGAGUAUGCCCUGCCCUGAUCCAUCAGCGCAUCAUACGAAGAACAGCGCAUUGCAAAACCAGGCGUCGGCUGCUGCGCUGUACAGUAGCAGUCACAGUCACGGCCCCAUCAAGGGAAGCGAAGCACGAAGCGUGAACCCGCUUGGACCGGAUGGAAAGCUCUCGUCAUCGAGCGCUGCUACCAGCCUCAAGUACGCAAAGGCCCACGAUCUGCCUAGCUUUCCCGUAGUAGGGAUUGAUACCAAAUCCUCGGCUGGAACUGCAGCCCUUCUUGCGGACCAGAACAAGAAAAGUCCAGAGUGGUGGAAACCCGAGCAAUCCGCUGCAGCCGGCAAGGCUGCGUUGCUAGCAAACGGUUACAAGAUGGCGCCCAUGUGGCAGCCUGAGGCCAGCGCCGCAGGCUCCAAAGCAGCUUUGCUCGCUCAUAGGGAUGGGGGGAAACUGAACCUGUGGGCCCCUGAAGCAAGCGCUGACGGCAAUUCUGCGGCGAACAUCGCCAUGCGCAAGAAUUAUUUGGGCCCAGAGGUCGACUAUGGUUAUACUGAUCAGGGCCGGAAGAACGCCUUCACUGCAGCGACAGGGGCUCACUCUGCCUCAGGACGCAAGCGCGCUCAGUCGAAUCCAGCGCGGGCAGAGCUGUACCCCGACUCCAGGAACUCCGCCAGGAAUGCGCUGAGCGCUGCUACACUUGCUCACAGCCCGUCUUUGCGAGCAAAACCACAAGUAACUUCUAUAACUGACUCCAAUCGACUCGGUUCGGGCGCAAUGCAGGCAGCACGCAUUCAACACGCUAAGAGCAUAUCGAGAGACAUGUACACUAGCACUCCGCCAGUGGCUCUUGAGAUUGAUGAAAAGAAGCACAACGAUGCCCUUCGAGCUUCUGCAAUCUCCAUGGCCAAGAAGAUAUACGAUGUGCAAAAGCAAAAGCAAAAUAUCGAUGGAGCAGCUGGCCAGUCAGCCGCCCGUACAGGAGCUACUGCAGCACAUGGCCAGAAACCUGCUACUGGCGAAGGCGACAUUAAACAACAAGCCAUGCGCUACAUCGGCAUCCAAGAAGCAGCUCAAAAACUCGCCCAAGAAAGAUUGGCCAAGAUUGGCUACGACGAAAAUGCCGCUUACCGCAGUUACUACGGAUAUGAGCAGCCGACUCGCUCGAAACUCUCCAUGCGCCGUGGACGAAAUCGCGCUCAUAGUGCCUCCGAAACUGCCGCACCCGAUGAUUCAGACUCUGAUGAGGAUGACUUUCGAUCAAGGCGGAUUCGCUCGCAAAUGGAGCAACUCAAUCAGAAAGUAGUAGAUCUCGACGCAAAGAAGCGCAACGACGAUCGUAAAAGCCUUCUUGCUGCAGCACAACGUAAAGUGCAAGCACAAAUGCAGGCACAGGAUAAGAAGAUAUUUGACGAAACUGGCAAGAUGUCACCAGGAAUGGUCAAUGAGUGGGACGAGAAAGCUCGCCAGCGUGCGCUGGCUAAUUCGGAGACUCGCAUGGAGAACCAUGGCAAGGUUCACAUCGGCAAUGGCAAAUGGAUGGACCAGGCCGAUAUUGAUGCAAUUGCUCAAGCCAGGAUCCAGCCGACGUUGGACGAGAUCACGGAGAAGACGGAGAAGCGCCUGGCUGAGGAUGAGAGACGAAGGGGAGAAGAAGAAGGGAGAAGACUAGAUCUAGAGGAGAAGAAGCGUCGCGAAAGGGUUGAGAAGGAGCGCGCCGCGGAGAUUAAAGCUGAGGAGAAGCAAGUGCGGGAUGAAGAGAAGAGAAUUGCAAAGGCCCGGGCUGUAGAAGACAAGACAGCUGCAAGACAGGAAAAAGAAGUGGAAAGGGUGAAGAGAGCAGAGGAGGAACGCCUGGCCAAGGAAGAGAAGCAUAAAUCGAAAGAAGUCCCACGAGCAGUCCCGGCCGCCGAAGGAGCUGCGGAUCCAACACAGAAUAACGACGAUUUGUACCAAGAUCCAGCAUCUGCUACGUAUAUUCAACAUGUAGCCGAGCACGAGUCUUCUGACCCUACGUCGCCAACUUCCCAAGGCUCCUCGAAGGGGCUCAAGUCCCUGCUGAACAAGCUGAAGCGCCGUUCCAGGCCCUCAGAUGCCGAUGACAAGAGCAAAGAGAAAGAGACGGGCUUUCUUGGGGGUGCUGCUCUUCGCUCUUCCACGUCACAACCCCAGUCGUCUUCGAACACCAUUCCAACACCACAUCAGGAGACGACCGAAGGACACCGCCCGACCAAUCUAGGUGACGUCGAGCCCCCGGUUGUACCCCAUCAGGAUGAGGACCGCUAUUCAGACGUAUCUUCCCUAUCAAGCGAUUAUGACGAAGCCACCGCAAUCCGAGGACGCUCCGCAGAACGCAUUGCCAGCGGAGCGACUGCGACAUCUGACGGAGGAGACUUCGAGGAGGCGAAGGAUCACUUUGACGAAGAUUUGGCACCUCCGCCCGCGUUCAGCUCUGAAGCAGAUAAAGCAAGAAAGGGAGGGAGCCCAAACCGCGACUCGAAGUUCCAUGAGGUGGGAAUCUGAAUUUCUUCGCACGAAUAUUGGUAAUGAGGUUGACGGGGAUACGAGAUGGAUGAAACUUUGGAUUUGUUACGACUGUUCAUCCUCGUGACUUUCUGUUGGCCUGAGUUAGCUACCGUGUAUGUACAUGUAUUCUAUAAAGUUUGCUUUCUCACUGCUUGAUUGUCAUUUGGGUAUAGGAGGAGGUGAUAUAUGCGCUUGAGCUGACAAGCAAAUGUUUUAUAUGAUUUUCCUCAAUGCUGUGACCACUUUCCAAGUGUUCAGAGCACAGUUCGCGGUGGGUGUUUUCUUCUGAGAGAACUCAGUAAUAGAGACGUAUAUACGAUCAGUGCAGUAGGCGGAUUCUUUCUCCCACAUACUACCUGCUACGACUACAGGAGUAGGAUGGAAGGCAAACACGCAAAGCAAAACCUGAUAACAAAUGUAUAUCGACUACAAUGAACGCUAUAACACCC